UCAUCUACAGACACACACCGGCUGUAAGUCAUUAUCCCACCAUCUUCAAUGGAGAUGUAUGCUGACAAUACGUCCAGUCAAGCCAGUCAAAUGUGAAAUUUGUAAUACUCCGCUAUCCGCCAAACAAUCGCUAGCGCAGCACAUGCGGAUUCACACCGGAGAAAAGCCUUGGAGCUGCAAGUUUCCGGGCUGCAAAGCAUCCUUCAAGCAGCAGAGUGCUUUGAGUAAGUGAUACCAUUAUUCUUGGGUUUGUACAGCUUCUAACUGGCUUCUAGCAAUGCACUCGAGAACUCAUACAGGCGAAAAGCCACUCAAGUGUGAGGUUUGUGGCAAGGCGUUUGGGGAGUCUUCCAAUUUGUCGAAACACAGAAAAACGCACAAUGUGAAGGGAGCAUUCAAGUGUGACUUCUGCGACAAGGACUUUCACAGACUCGACCAGAAACGCAGGCAUGAGAAGAUUCAUCGAAAGGACGUGAAUGCACCUAAGGCCGCCAAACCUACUCCGUCUAUCAAGAAGACACAAGGCGGUCGAGUAACAAAGGCAUCGGAUCGAAGAAACAGUAAGUGAUUGACUUGGACGAAGUUAAUCACAUCGUUAGAAGUGUUCAUGAUUCACGGGGAGGCAUUUUACACCAUGGAUGGCUUAUUUCCUUUGUCGACGUCUCAUGAAAUACCCUUACAGGCUCCAAGGUUCCGUACUGGCGUUUACAAGGAGAAAUGGAUCAGGUCAGGACGGCAUAACAGGCUUCGGUGUUCAAGGCGGCGGCGAAAAGUUCAAGGGGCAUGGACUUAGUGUUUUUUUGGUGGGUAUGAGGGAAAAGUCUGCAUUUUCUCAGGUGUCAUGGUGGUUGUGGUCAGGGCCGAUACGUAGAAUUAGUGAUGCAGAAAUACAGUACGCGUGAUGCUUAGUUGUUAAAACUCAUUGAGGGUAUUCCCCGUUGCUUUUUAGUUGCAUCUCGUUGU